ACUUAGCACUUUGAACCCACAUGUUAAAUAAUUUUGAAAUAUUUUCAGGUUUUCGGUGAUUUUCCGGGUUCCACUAUGUGGAAUCCUAAUACGCCUCUGAGCGAAGACUGCCUCUAUAUCAACGUGGUGGUACCAAAGCCUAGACCCAAGAAUGCUGCUGUCAUGGUAUGGAUAUUUGGCGGUGGCUUCUAUUCAGGGACAAACACAUUGGAUGUGUAUGAUCAUAAUAUUCUGGUUAGUGAAGAGAACGUGAUAUUGGUGUCAAUGCAGUACCGAGUUGCAUCAUUGGGCUUCCUCUACUUUGGUACAUCGGACGUACCUGGAAAUGCUGGCAUGUUCGACCAGAUGAUGGCCUUACAGUGGAUUAAGGAUAAUAUAGCACAUUUUGGUGGAAACCCCAACAACAUAACUCUCUUCGGUGAAUCAGCAGGGGCUGUAUCAGUAUCCCUUCAUCUACUAUCACCUCUAUCGAGGAACUUAUUCUCGCAAGCUAUCAUGCAGUCGGGUAGUCCUACUGCACCAUGGGCAAUCAUCUCCAGAGAGGAGAGCCUUCUCAGGGGUUUAAGGUAGGUGAUG